UUUAUGAUCAUAGGCACAGCUUCUAAUUUUAGUAUGGAAAACUGAAAAUAGAUCGGUCCACUCCAAAAGAAGAAGUUUUAUUAUUAUUUUAUUAUUUUUACAUUGACUCCGCCCAAACCGCACCAGAAAAUAUAAGCCACACAAAAAAACAAACAAACAAACAAACAAACAUUUCCGAUCCGGAAAAAAGUUAGAUCGUUGACCAUGAACUCCGGCACAUCCGACGGAGAAUUGGCGGCGAGUGGAUCGAGCGGGAGGGUGAGCACCACAUCGUCAGCAGACAAGAAAAAAGAGAAGGCAAGAGUGAGCCGCACGUCGAUGAUACUGUGGCAUGCGCACCAAAACGACGCCGGCGCUGUCCGCAAGCUUCUCGAGGAAGAUCGGGCUUUGGUCAACGCUAGAGAUUACGACAGCCGUACGCCUCUCCACGUUGCUUCGCUCCACGGCUGGAUCGACGUCGCCAAGUGCCUCCUUGAAUAUGGUGCCGAUGUCAACUCCCAAGAUCGCUGGAAGAAUACGCCUUUAGCUGAUGCAGAAGGAGCUAAAAAACAUAAUAUGAUUGAACUAUUGAAGUCAAAUGGUGGAUUAUCUUACGGCCAAAGUGGAAGCCACUUUGAACCAAAGCCGGUUCUGCCCCCUCUACCAAACAAGUGUGACUGGGAAGUUGACCCUUCUGAGCUGGACUUCUCUAGUUCAAAUAUCAUAGGAAAGGGGUCAUUUGGUGAGAUUUUAAAAGCCAGUUGGCGAGGAACACCUGUAGCUGUCAAACGCAUUCUUCCAUCACUUUCAGAUGAUAGAUUGGUUAUUCAGGAUUUCCGGCAUGAAGUGAAUUUGCUUGUAAAGCUCCGCCAUCCUAAUAUAGUUCAAUUCCUUGGAGCUGUCACUGACAAGAAGCCCCUUAUGUUAAUUACUGAGUAUUUAAAAGGGGGUGAUCUUCACCAGUAUCUCAAGGAAAAGGGUUCGCUUAGUGCAUCAACAGCCGUCAGCUUUGCUUUGGACAUUGCGAGGGGUAUGGCUUAUCUUCACAAUGAGCCAAAUGUUAUAAUUCAUCGAGAUCUAAAACCAAGGAAUGUGCUUUUGGUCAACUCCAGUGCUGAUCAUUUGAAAGUUGGAGACUUUGGACUGAGCAAACUCAUCAAGGUUCAAAAUUGUCAUGAUGUCUACAAAAUGACUGGGGAAACAGGGAGUUAUCGUUAUAUGGCACCUGAAGUUUUCAAGCACCGGAAAUAUGAUAAAAAAGUGGAUGUUUUUUCUUUCGCGAUGAUACUUUAUGAGAUGCUUGAAGGAGAACCACCAUUCUCGAAUUAUGAACCUUAUGAAGCAGCUAAGUAUGUUGCAGCAGGACACCGACCUUCUUUUCGUUCAAAAUCAUACCUCCCUGAACUCAGAGACUUAACAGACAAAUGUUGGGCUGCCGAUAUGAAUCAAAGACCUUCUUUCUUGGAUAUUCUCAAGUGGCUUGAAAAGAUGUAGGAAAAAAAUGUAUCCUCAGAUCAUUGUUUGAAUAUAUACAAUACAUAGUGUUCAAGAUUUGAUGUAACUGAUGAUAAACCUCCCGUUUCCACCAAUCACCUCCAAGCUCCCCCAUUUGUGCCAAUGGAUGGUACUGUAAAUAGACUCAGUAAGUUGCUUGUUAUAGAUUUUACCAUAACUGGUUUUCCUCUAUCCUCUUUCCAAAUUCAGUCAUAAAAGUAUGUCUGCAUUUCAAUUUCAACUCUUUGGAGGUCACCCGAAUUUGCAUAUAAUAAAACGUUUCCUCAUCGUACAUAGUUUUACUUUUCA